AUGUCUGAAGGUGACAUAUGGGAUUCCAUUCCCGACGAUGAGUUGGAAGAAACGAUCAUGGAACGAUUGUGGGGACUUCGCGAAAUGUUUCCAGAAUCUUUUAGGAGUCGUGUUGACUAUUCAGUGCGAUUAGGAAUUUGGGCCACUCAAAUGGGGUUUGUUUUAUUUUCGUUGUUGAGGUCUAUUGUUUGGAUUGGUGCGACUACUGGCUUGGUUAUGUGUGUUCCUUAUAUGAUUGAAAAAGAGCGAGCUGAAAUGGAAAAGACUCAGAUUGAACAGCAAAAAAAGUUAUUACUUGGCCCUACAAGCAGUUCGCUGAAGAGCAAACAAUCUUGA